UCAAAGGUCAAGGCUAAUGUUGAAUACUUUAACAUUUUUCGAUCUAAAAACUGCUUAAAAUAAUCGUGUGAUUGAUAAAUCGGUAAUAUGCCACGAGAUUUGGAACUUGAGCAUACCAAAAUGCCUGUUACCGAUGGCCAUGAUAACAAGGUGUGUGGCCUUGUGGCUGCUGUCUUCACACCCUUCAACGCUAAUGGGGACCUCAACUUGGAUGUGAUUGAGCCGUACAUCGAUCAUCUCUAUGAGAAUCAAGUUGUCAAUGUCUUCGUGAAUGGUACGACUGGUGAGGGCUUGUCUAUGACGAUAGAAGAAAGGAAAAGACAUGCAGAGAUGUGGGUCAAAGCUGGUGCUGGAAAGUUGGACAAAAUCAUCAUUCACGUCGGUUCUCACAACCUCAUAGAAUCAAAAGACCUGGCGACCCACGCCCAGGAGAUCGGAGCCAGUGCGAUUGCCGCCUUACCGUCAUUCUUCUUCAAACCACAGUCAGCGGAGGAUUUAGUUGAGUACUGCCGGCAGAUCGCGGAGUGUGCUCCAGACCUACCCUUCUACUAUUACCACCUUCCCAGGAUGACUGGGGUCACAUUAAACAUGGUGAAGGUGUUUGAGCUGGCCAAGGAUGAGAUACCCACAUUGCACGGUAUCAAAUAUUCAGACACCUCGUUCGAUGAAGCUUGCAAAAUCAUGGACAUGCAUGGAGGAAAAUAUCAAGUUUUCUGUGGUGCGGACGACGUCUACCUUGGCGCCAUGGCCCUUGGCAUCGACUGGGCGGUCGGAUCAACCUAUAACUUCCUCUCCAACGUCGUCCAUCGCAUGGUCGAGGCGUUCAACAAGAGUGACAACUAUACGGCACGCGUGGAGCAGAAACGUGUGCAGGAUGUCAUCAGCAUCAGGAACAAAUACGGUGGUGGUGUUGCCGAACUGAAAGAGAUCUUCCGGUUCGUCGGACCAGAUGUCGGUCCGCCCCGCUUCCCCCUCAAGCCACUAUCGGCAGAGAAGAGAGACGGCCUCAAACAGGAACUCACCAAUAUUGGCUUCUUCUACUGGACGAAGGAUCACCUGACACCACCCCAAUCGCCGCUGACGCAGCGGACGAAGGACAAACGACGCACGCUGCAUCGGGCGACGAGUCUUCUCACGGACGACGGCGACCCACCAUCGUCUCCUAAAGCCACGACCGACCCACAUGGAUCGUUCAACCAUUCUCACAGUCAUGGUUCCUUCAGCCAUGGUCACCAUACUGGGUCGAUGGGUCACGGUACGAAGCAUCGUCACGCCAGUGGGAGCAGCAGUGGCAGUGGGUCACACCUCGAGAAGCAGACGUCAAAUACUAGUCUCCUGACGGAAGGCUAGAGGGCGCUGACCUUAGAUGACUGUCAAUAUAUUAUUGAUGUGCUUUGAUUUGUGAUACAAAUGUUAUUUCGAAUAUCUGUAGUCAUGCCGAGAUGCAUUAAUGAUUAUAAGUCGUGUCUAUUGUCGUUGAGGAUUAGUACCGGUUGCCAAGAACAAAUUGGUAACGAAAUCAUUAGAUCUGAAUUUUAUUAAAAGCGCCAAAAACACAGGAAAAGUUUGAUUAUAGAGGUGAUAGAGAAUUCUUUAAUUGGUUCCGAAUUGAAUUAUCACUUUAAAAAAUGUUCCUUUUAAAAAUGGUCAGUUAUAUUUUAGCCCAGUGAUUAUUGUGGGCACAAAUUCAGGACUCGAAGUUUUGCACAGGCAAAGGAAUCCAUCAUAGAAUUUAUGUCUGAGACUAAUCAUCACAGAUUCUGCAUGUUCCAUUGGCUGUUAAAUGAUUCUGUGACAGACACUUUUGCCUGUGUAGAAGUAGUUGCAUAAAAUUGCAAUAAAUGUUGUUGGCAACUUAUAUUGUUAGAAGAAAUUGUCCUUUUUGAGAUUGGUCUGUAAACUUACAAAAAUGAAUUGCUAGGGGUGGGGUGUUCCAUUUGUUGUUAGACACCAGUAAGACUAGUUCUGUUGCCAUGUUUGAAUGCCGCAGAUAUCAGAUAUCACUUAUAGAUAUUUUGAAAAAUAGUCGACGUUAAUGUGUUCAAAAUGUUGAUGUUUAUAAAGAAUAAAUUGAUGUUGUGAUGGUUGUUAAAGUUGGAACCUUGGUUAGAAAAGGCCAAAAUAAACCCCAAAAUAAAGGAUAUAGUGGUACCUGUUACUAUCAAAAUAGCCUGUAUUCUUUGACAGAACUUUUACUAAUGUGAAAAGGCAUAGCAAAUCUCAAUGUGUAGCUGUGUCAAUAUACUGUGUGCAUUGUUUGAGUUGAUCAAGGGGCAUCUUUAUGGCGUAGGCCUAUUACAGGUCAAAAUAGGCAUCGUGUACAAGGUAUACACACUCCUUAGUCAGCUUAAACCAGUGCAUACAUCAAUACAAUUGUUUCUUUGUUGUCAACCUGUAACAUUCCAUAGGCGAGAUAUGUCAUGCUGCAUUUAAUUUUGAACUUUGUAUCAUUCCUGAUUUGACCAAUUCUUGAGUUCAAAAUCUGCAGAUAAAGGUUUAGAUUAGGAUUCUGUGAAGAAUUCCAUGUAUGACUUCAUCAGAUGGAUUGAAUGCGCAUGUAGCUAUUGCAAUUUGGAGAAUGUUCAUAUGACUUCAUCGGAGGGAUUGAAUCCACAUGUAGCUAUUGCAAUUUGGAGAAUGUUCAUAUUCGUCUGGGAAAGUGUGUGAUUGUUAGUUUAGUAUGUUGUGAUACCUCAUAAUGGGGUAUCUCAUCAAAUGGUGCUUCAGUUAUAAUUGCGCUGCAAAUUUAAUGCAUUUAGUUUUAGUAAUCAGUGCAUUGUUUCAAUACAACUCCGAAAGGACUUUAUCAAAAUAUGUCUUCUGAAUUUCGUCAUAUAUUGUCAGUGCUGGGAUUAAGCUAAAAAGUGCCAUUGUUUUAAUGACUUAUGUUCUUGAUUAAAUGAGCAGUCUUCUGACAAAUUAUACGCCGAAA